AUGGCGCAUACUGUCACGUGCUGCAACUGUGGCUGCCUCAACUUCAGCUCGACGCACAGCGCGUGCGACAAGUGUCGGCCCACACACAACAUGAUGACGUCGAGCCACAACGUGCUGCACCUCACAGGCGCCUCGAGUGGCAGUGCGCCGUCACGUGACGUGCACGUGCGCUCAUUGGGCAACAAGCGAAGGUACAGCGAGAUCCGAUUGGCGGCUGCGACAGCGCCAGUCCCCAAGCGGCAGCAGCACGUAAAAAGUGUUUUCUACAAAAAGCAGCAGCAGCAGCAGCCCACCGACGUCAUUGACCUGAUCUCGGACUCGGACGACGUGGCAAGUGACGGGCAUAGUGACAGUGCAAAGCACAGUGAGACGACUGCAGGAAAUGACAGCGCAGCGGUCGCCAGUGCCGACCUGUUCCAGAGUCGCGUGUUCCCGUCAGUGGUCUUCGUGGCCAGUCACUUCCCGUCGGUCGAAGACGGAGCGAUGUUGAGGAAGUUAGCAACAGAGACAGGACGGGCAGAUGCUCAACAACGUGAAGAGUCCGUUGUUGUUACCACACUGCCGACAAGUUGCCAAGCGCCGGCGCUUCGAGCGACGUCGACAGCACGCGCGUUACCGUCUGCACAAGCUGUGGAUUGGCAACCUCAGCCAACGGUGAAGCCGACACCUCCGGCAGUUGCAGGUGUGGAGCCGACACGUCCGCCGAUUGCAGCCGGGGAGACAAAAGCUGUGCCGAUUGUGAAGUCGACACCUCCGCCGGUUGCAGCCGGGGAGACAAAAGCUGUGCCGAUUGUGAAGUCGAAACGUCUGCCGAUUGCUGUUGUGGACCCAGAACCUCAUUUAAUGCCAAUUGUAGCCGUGAAGACGAAGCCUUUGUCAAGUGCAGUAGUGGAGCCAAGAAAACCGCCAGUUGCAGGUGUGGACUCAAGACCUGUUCCAGUUGUAGCUCAAAAGAGUCAGCAGAAGGAGCAGCAAUCGGCGACGACAGUGGAAACAGUCAUGAAGAAAAGCGACGAUCUAGAUGCGGCAAAGAAAAGCGAAAAGAAGCUUGUGACUGAUGUUGGUAGUGCACGUGCACAAGUAAAAGAAGGUGUGCGAGCUGAGGGAAAGCUGAAAGACGCCCUGUCCCAGUCCCGCGUUUUCGAACAGAUUGAAUUUCGAGCAACGGAUUUCGUGACUGCAGCACAAGUGUGGGCGACAGCCAGACGAAGUCAUUUGCCGCCACUGAAGUCGACGGUGUUGAUAGCAGCGUCAGGGAGACCAAGUACAGCAACAGAAGACGGGUGUCGUCAUGCGAAUGAUUUGACAGGGCUCGUAGAAACGACAAAGGUCACCUCGCCUACAGAUGCAUCUAUCACUUCUAGCACACCGACGGUAAUUGCUUCCCCUGCAGAACCAGUUGAGGCGUUGAGGUCAGCUCGUGCACCUUCGCAGGUGUUGACUUCGACUCAUUUCGACACCACAUCAGAUAAAUCGUCAAGCGCGUCUUCGAGUGCAGGUCGACCUCACCCUGUCGCAAAGUCGUCCGUGUCGUUGGCAACGGCGGCAGCAUUGCCACCUGCCGCUCCGGAGCCAGUACCGUCAGCUGUAAAGGAACUUACCAAGGUAUUGGCAGUUCGGCCUGUUGAUUCUCCGUCGGUACAAAAUCAAAAAAUACCCACGCCAAGCACAGUUGUGCAGUCUAUAGCACCAGCACUGAAGCCUCCCACAUCGUUCGCUGAAGGAAGCGCGAAGCCAGCAGCAUCUGCAUCGUCGACUCUGGAGUCAACGCUGACAGCGGAAUUGCAGGCAGAAGUAACGGUGUCAGCUACGCCAUGGUCAACUGUUGACACAGCUACGAAGUCACCUUCUGCGUCAGCGACAUAUUCUGUACGGACCCAAGCGACUGACAACGUGAACGUGCUAGUACCAAAAGAAAUGCGGCAUGAAGUAAAUUGGCGAUCGACUGAUGAGCAACGUCAUCAGCAGCCAUCACUUGCUGGAGCAAACGCUUCCACAGAGGUCGAUGGAAAGCGUCAUCACACGGCGAGUGCAGCACCACCUAAAGUGGCUCGAGUGGCCCCCCCUGUCUUAGGAUACUGCAGUCCAGAGUUUUUGGAAUUCAUGCGUGAGUGUGGCAACGCUGAAUAUGAUGAAGAAGACGAUCCUGACGAAGCGAGCCGCCUACAGCUGAAGCUACUGGAUGUGGUGGACCUCACGAAUUUAAGCAGCUCAGAAAACGGCGAUACUACAUCUCCUUUGUCAACUCCGCGUGUCGGAGAGCUUGGUGUGGGCGCACAGCAACUGUGUCCGUCAACUAGCGAGGUAGUCGAAAAAGGGGGUCAGCGUUUGGCCGGCGAUGUUGUGAAUACGCUAGGACAAAGAACCUGGUAUGUUCCGACGCUGGAAAGUGAGCGGAAACGGACUCAGCCGGAGAAGGUUAUGUGCGAGUUGUGCGAGGAGAAGGGACUUGCGUCGAGACUAGUUCGCUGCCCGACGUGCACGAAAUACUAUCAUAAGAAAUGUGCAGAGGAAAACGGCGACGAAAGUAUCUGUUGGAAUUGCGAGCUUGGCUCGAUGAUUGACGACAGCGAGCUCGAUGAAGAACAUGCCAAACACAAUAGUGAGUACUUAGCAUAUCUGAAGGCAAUUCGACGCUCUCCAGAUGACGCUGAUGCCGAAGACGAGCGUAUGGCUGACAACGAGGACGACGAACAAGAAGAUGACGAAGUUAUAGCAGAGGUGAAGACUGAAAUGGAAAGUGUAGCAGGAGGCGGCGAAGACAGCAACGUUGUCAACGAGAUGCAUGUCCAGAGUGCGGGGAGACGAUGGAAGGAGUUUAUUGGAGAUGCUACCGCUGACGUUGACGAUUCUUACCUCGAGAUCACGAAACGCAUUACGGAAGAACUUUGUGACAACGAGAAGAAAACCUUGUACUCACGGGGCUUCGUGUCGCGGGAGGAAUUCGAAGCGCAGAUGCAUGAGGUUGAGGAACACUACAUAAAGGAGGAAGCACGGCUGCAGCAGCUGGAACGGGAAAAAGCGCUCGAAGCAAAGAAGGUGGCUGAAGCUAAACUAGAGCAGGCAGAAGCGGAGCAGGCAAUCACCAGCAGCCAGUGCGUUGGCAAUAACGCUGCUGCGAACGACAAUCCUAUGGCCUCCGAACUUGUUGUCCAAAGUAAGAGCGCAUCAACUGGUGAUGCGCUUCCUUCCGCCGACACUACUAGUGCGGUUCAAAUGGGUACUGCAUCGAACUUGCCGACAGGCACUCAACUCGAGUCCACCCUGCUGUAUCCGUCGCAGCACAAGCGUCAGUUUCUACGCGAUUUGUACGAGCGCUCAACUCCAGUCCACCCUGCUGUAUCUGCAGCAGCAGAAGCGUCAGCUCCUACGCCGUUUGUACCAGCCGCUACUUGUGCAGCAGCAUCAGAGGUGGUGGAUAAUGGACCACCGCCGGUCACUGGACAACCGUCAUCAAAGCCUUUGUAA